GGUAUUGAAAAAAUUAGAAGUUCUUUCAUUCAUCGAUAUUAAUAUUAUUGAUAAAAUAAUAAUUUCUUAUUCUUGUCGUGUGAUGGCGUUAAUUAUCACAAAGAUAUAGCCCUGGUACAACAAGGGUUUGUGACAAUAACUGUCAAAAUAUUGGAUUAUUGACUUGAAAGUGUUCUGAAAUUUUACACGAUGGGCAUUUAAUAAAUUCAAAGAGUUGAAAGGGAUAUCUCACCAAAUCAUUUAUGAUGUCAUCCGUACAACGUGCUUUUACUCAAAAGCUGAGUAAACAACAUGCAGCAGAUGUCAGGCGACAAAUUGCUACCUCUACCUCAUAUUCUCGAGAUUUGUCAAAGAGUGGCAGUUCAUUCUCAGGGUUUUCUUCGACAAUGUCUCUGUGCGAAGUAUUAGAGCCACUAGAUUAUGAAGAGUUUCUAGGCCAGCACCAAUCAGUUCUUGACCGUGAUCCUCUGAAAUUGAUCCUAGACUUUCCACCUGGUGAUGUAGACCUACAAGUUGUCAAAAGGAAGAUACGUACAGAGGAAGCAGUGGUUCCCCAUGAAUCUCUGGAUACAGUAUCUGCAUAUGUCAGAAGAUGCAUAGAUAGCUUCACUUCUGACUGGGUUUAUGUUCAUCGUAAAUACAAGCGUAGAGUGUCCCCCAUUGCUAGAGACAGAUUAUUACAAGACACACCAAGACAAGAUUUUGAGGUGGAUCAAGAAGACACAAAUGGUUCAGGCUCACCGAAUGAAGAAGAAGAUUUAUCCAACUGUGGGGAUACACCUAGAGGUUCUUGGGCUAGUUUGGAUUUGAGACAUUCCCAACAUGAUCCUCUUCUUCCAAGCUUACUGGACCGCGUCUGUCCGGAAACUAUUGACCAGAUGAAUGAACAGAAACGUUCAGAAGACAGACAAGAAGCAUUAUUUCCGCUGUAUGCGCCCCCAGCAUCACCAGAUGACGAAUGGCAAGAAAUUGGUGUCGCCCCAGAGCCCUCGGAACCUUUCUCACAUAAGAUCCUUGUAAAAUGUCUUCAAUUAAAAUUAGAGCUAGAGGUUGAACCAAUCUUUGCAAGUUUAGCAUUAUACGACGCCAGAGAAAAGAAAAAAGUGUCCGAAAAUUUUUACGUGGAUAUGAACUCUGAAGGAUUGAAAAGAAUGCUUGGCAGUCACAUCGCGUACAGUGAUGCCAGUACUUUGGCUAGAAGCUGUGUCAUGAGUAUUAGCAAACCGAGCCCAGAUUUGUUUUUAGUUGUCAGACUUGAAAAGGUGUUGCAAGGUGAUAUAUCAGAGUGUGCCGAGCCAUAUUUGCGUGACGAUAAGAACAAGGAGAAGGUAAGAGCAGCCGCUGCAGCGGCGUGUGAACGAUUAGGUCGCUACCGAAUGCCACUCGCUUGGACUGCUAUCCAUCUCUCUGGAGUGAUAGGGGGUGGUGGGGACACUGACAGCACUGGUAGCGCUGGUUCUCUAGACAGAAAAUCUGGAGGACUAGAACAAUGGCGCAAAAAAGUGGAACAACCUACCAGACGAGGUUCUCUUGAAAGAAGGAGUUCGGAUAAGAGACGCAGCUGGUCUCCGGACGAUUUUGCUAACUGCCUCGACACAUUUAGACCAAUAACGUUGACUGUCUCGAGUUUCUUCAAACAAGAAAGCGAGCGCCUUAGGGAUGAAGACCUUUAUAAAUUAUUGGUCGAGCUACGAAGACCUGGUUCGAAUUUGAAACGGUUGAAGUGCCUGCCCGGUAUAUUGAAACUAGAUCUGAGUCCCAGACCCGAAGAAUUGCCCAGAUGCUUGGAUCCUGAUUUGAGAAGACUGGUUCCGUACCCAGAUGAGAAAAGCCGGCCAGUGAAGGAAAUACUGGAGUUUCCAAGCGAAGUUCUCUCACCGGACUUAACUUACAGAAAUCUUCUUUAUAUCUAUCCCAAGGAAGCAAACUUCAGCUCCAGAACUGGUUCAGCCCGGAACAUCGCGGUCCGAAUUCAACUGAUGGGUGGCGAACAAGAGGCGGACGCUCUCACAGCCAUAUUUGGAAGAUCGUCCUGUCCCGAAAUGACCCACGAGUGUUUCACAUCCGUCUCCUAUCACAACAAAAAUCCAAACUUCUACGAUGAAGUUAAAAUUCGCCUGCCGGCGGACUUGAGUGCGAAGCAUCAUUUGCUGUUCACAUUCUAUCAUAUCAGUUGCCAGAAGAAGGUGGAACAGCCGAACGUCGAGACUGCUGUAGCGUACACUUGGCUGCCACUUCUGAGAGAUGGCCACCUGCAAUCCGGCGAGUUCAGUCUGCCAGCAAUGCUGGACCCGCCCCCGGCAAAUUAUUCCUACAUCGCACCUGAUGUCCUCUUGCCUGGCACCAGAUGGGUGGACGCACACAGAGGCGUUUUCACAGUGAUUCUGGAACCGGUCUCCAGCGUGCACCCACAAGACAAAUACAUCGACAGGUUUUUAUCGCUGUGCGGCUACUUGGAGACCGGCCAAGUGCCCCCGCGUAUCGGCGAGGCUGGUAUGGAGUCGGAAUUAAAGUCAGCUCUGCUGGAGUUGGCAAGAGCUUCACAUUCUGCUCUAGUGCGGUCAUUACCCCAGCUCCUGGAUCAAUUAAUAUCGCUGCUGGUACGUCCACCCACAUUGCCGUCGCAACCGCUGAACGUGGCAGCCACGGUCUUCGAGGCUAUAGGUCUAUUGGUACGCAAUAUCACCAAUUUGCCGGAUGGCCAGCUGGAUGCUCAUGGUAGACACGCACUUUUGGCGACCUACGUGGCGUACCAAUGCUCCCUGCCGAGGAUGACGAGCACCCCGGGCAUCGUCAGAGCCCAGAGCAAUCCUGACCUGCCCUUAGAAGACCUGGAGAUGGAAGUGCACUCGAGAGGAUUGGAUCGGACCGCUUCGAUGCGCCAGGAGUCGCCUUCCAUUAACAGUCAACCGUCGAGGAGACUUCUACACGAGGAACUAGCUUUGCAUUGGGUGGUGUCCACGGGUCAAGCUAGAGAACUAGCAGUGACCUACUCGUGGUUCUUCUUAGAGUUAAUCGUCCGUUCCAUGGUGGUCACAUUGUCCGAGCUGGGGAUGCUAGAGUCUCCUAGAAAAUCGAGGUUCUCUCCUCAGUUUUGCGAUGAUGUGGCUACGUUAACUGCAGCAUUGACGUCAGAGGUAGUGUCCCGAUGCGGAAAGGAAACUAGGGUACCCAACAAUCUGGUAUCGAGCCUCGGCAACUUUUUAUCCGAUUUAUUAUCGGUAAUGGACAGAGGAUUCGUCUUGUCACUGAUCCGAGCUGCCUGUUGCUCUUUGUCGGACGCUUCGAUGCAUAUUCCUGACUCGGCUGCUUUGUACGCAUUGAAAUUGGAUCUUGUGCGAACUGUGUGUUCCCAUGAACACUACGUGGCGCUGAAUCUUCCUUUCGGAACCGGAUACACUUCAGGAUCGGCGCCAGCGUCGCCGAGUCCGUCCACCGGAAGCUCUGGGAGUUUGAUAUCGACCCUUGUACCUGGGGAUCGUGCUAGGUUCUCCGAACUUAGCCAGGAAUUCAGGCAGCAACACUUUUUGGUGGGAAUCGUGUUAUCCGACCUGUCGAACACCUUGGAGAUACCAAAUCCAAUGCUUCAGAACAAAGCAAUUGGUACCAUUCGUCAUCUAAUGGCUUGCCACGAUGUGGACUCGAGGUAUUCCGAUCCUGCAGCUAAAGCCAGGGUAGCUGCCCUCUAUUUGCCACUUCUGAACAUUAUCAUGGACGCUUUACCUCAGCUGUAUCACUGGGAUUCCAAAGACAAGAGCGUCUAUCCGGACGAGUCUGGGUCCAUCACACAGACAGUAGCGCUGGCUAUAGCUGGCGGAGUUUCCGUGGAGACAGCAGGAACCCAGUGCAGAGUGUCCCUGAGCUCAGAAGCCACGCGACAUCUUCUGAUGUGUGUGCUUUGGGUGUUAAAAGGCUUGGAACAGUCGGCGUUGGUGCAGUGGUGCUCGGAGUUGAGCUCCAGACGAAUAUUGUGCCUUCUUCAAGUCCUCAACAUUGCCACCGCCGCUUUCGAGUACAAGGGCAAGAAAGCUCUGAAGAGGCUGCCACCUCAAGCUGCUGCCACCAGCGAUAUCAGGUCACGAUUGGAGGAUGUGAUCUUGGGUCAAGGUAGCGCCAGAAGCGAGAUGAUGUUGCGCAGGAAAGAGAGAAUCAGUGGGGAGAAAUUGAGGUGGCGCAAGGAUCAAAUGCCCUACAGGUCUUUCGAGCAGUCAGAAGGAAGAGCCGUGGAACAGGAUGCUCAUAUAGAAGGUGCCUUAGCAGCUGAAGCCUCCCUCGUGGUUCUGGAUACUCUCGAGACUGUAGUGCAGGCUGAUGGUGGCGGAGGUGCGGUAGUUGGGGCAGUGUUAAAAGUACUUCUAAGAGCUCUGGCAAGGAAUCAGAGUACGUCCGUGUUACAGCACAUGUUCAACACGCAACGAGCCCUGGUAUUCAAGUACCACAGUGCUCUGUUCGACGAGGAAAGCGAAAGAUGCGGUGAUCUUUGCUUAACACUGCUCACCAGGUGCAGUUCUCCACUCAGCGCUGUUCGCAGUCAUGCUGCUGCCAGUCUUUACUUGCUCAUGCGCCAGAACUUCGAAAUAGGCAACAAUUUCGCUCGAGUCAAGAUGCAAGUUACAACGUCGUUAUCAGCACUCGUCGGAAGAGGAAAAGCUCCCAGCGAGGGUGCGCUUAGGAGAGCUUUGAAGACAGUGUUGGUCUAUGCUGAAAGAGACACAGAAUUGGCUGACACGAGCUUCCCCGAGCAAGUGAAGGAUCUUCUGUUCAACUUGCACAUGAUCUUGUCCGAUACCGUUAAAAUGAAAGAGUUCCAAGAGGAUCCGGAAAUGCUCUUGGAUCUUAUGUACAGAAUCGCGAAGGGAUAUCAAGGGUCUCCAGACCUCCGAUUGACGUGGUUAGCAAAUAUGGCUCAGCAACAUAUGGAGAGAAAGAAUCAUACGGAGGCAGCAAUGUGUUUGGUGCACAGUGCCGCUUUGGUAGCUGAAUACUUGCACCUUUUAGAGCCAGGAGGUGGCGGUAGACCAGUCGGAGCUGUUGCUCUGUGUCCUGUCACUCCAAACGCUUUAGAAGAGAGCGCUGUUGGCGAUGACGUGUUAGCCAGAAGGGAAGAGGGUCUCUGUUUAGGCCCCGACUUCUCAGAAAGUGGAUUAGCAGGGUUGCUAGAACACGCUGCUAGUUCUUUCCAUGCUGCUGGAAUGUAUGAGGCUAUUCCUGAUGUGUACAGAGUCUUGCUACCGAUAGCAGAAGUUGCACAUGAUUAUAAGAAGUUGGCGAAUAUUCAUGGGAAGCUGCAUGAAGCGUAUACACGUGUCGAACAGUUAGCUGGUAAAAGGGUAUUCGGCACCUACUUCAGAGUAGGUUUCUAUGGAGGACGAUUUGGAGACCUAGCUGGUGAAGAGUUUGUCUACAAAGAGCCUACUUUGACUAAGUUGCCAGAAAUAUUCUCGAGACUGGAGAAUUUUUACGCCGAAAGAUUCGGCGCUGAAAAUAUUGUGAUAAUCAAGGACUCUAACCCUGUGGACCCUAGUAAACUGGAGCCGGACAAAGCUUAUGUGCAAAUCACCUAUGUGGAGCCAUAUUUUGAGCCACAUGAACUCAGACACAGACCAACCAUUUUCCAUAGAAAUUUUAAUAUUAAACGAUUCGUGUAUGCUACACCUUUCACACCCGGCGGCAAGGCACAUGGGGAAUUGAGGGAGCAAUGCAAGCGUAAAACAAUUCUAACAGUGGCCACACAUUUUCCCUACUUGAAAACGAGGAUUCGUGUAGUUGCUAGGAAGCAAAUCGUCCUUAGCCCAAUUGAAGUUGCAAUUGAGGAUAUUCAAAAGAAAACAGCAGAGGUUGCAGCAGCCACUGCCCAAGAACCACCUGAUGCAAAAAUGCUGCAGAUGGUUCUUCAGGGUUGCAUUGGCACCACGGUUAAUCAAGGACCCGCCGAAGUUGCGGUCGUCUUUCUUUCUGGAUUGCGUGAGCAAAAUGCACAACCUAGCCGAUUGCAACAUAAGCUGCGCUUGUGUUUCAAAGACUUUUCAAAGAAAUGUCUAGAUGCCUUGAGAAGAAACAAGAACUUAAUCGGCCCGGAUCAGCGUGAUUAUCAACGAGAGUUGGAGAGAAAUUACCAAAGACUCACUGAGAGACUAGCUCCUCUCAUUGCGUGGAGUGGACCAUCAUUAAUGAAUCAACAGACUACACAGCAAACAUCACCACGCUGGUAAAAUGACUGAGUGCUGCUAAGAAUGACCAAAGAUGCGUAAACACAUAAAUGGUACAUUGAGAAGUAUUAGCAGCAUAAUCCGCAUAUGAAAGAAAAAAUAUAAUCAUAUAUUUAUAUACAAUAAUUUUUUAUAUUGCUAGAUAUUUUGAGCUGUCAAAUGAAAUGUCUGUUUGAGA